AUGGAUGUAUGGUAUAAUCUUGAGAAACGGACAGAUAAAUCAGCAGUAUCUGGAGCUAUUCGUUUACUGAUUUCUGUUGAAAUAAAAGGUGAAGAACAAAUGGCUUCAUUUCAUGUACAGUAUACAGCAUUACACGGUAGCAUAUUUUGUUAUUUAUGUCAAGAAAAUGAACCAGUUUUUUUACCGGAUCAAACAUAUAUCACUCAGGCACAAAAUAAUGGUAAUGAAGCAUGGCGAGUGUAUUUCAAUCCAAUAGGACAGGAAAUCGUUGAUGAAUUUGCUAUACGUUAUGGUAUUGAACCAAUAUUUCAAGCAAUGACGCAUUUUGCAUGCUUAACUGCUAAAUAUAAUUGCCCUGGUGUACCAGCUCAGUUAUCUGUACUUUUGGCUAACAUAAAUGCAUUUUAUGCACAUACAACAUCAUCAAAUAGUCAGACAGCUAGUGAACGAUUUAGUGCCAGUAAUUUUGGACGAGAGAAAUUCAUUAAAUUACUGGACAAUUUAUAUAUCGCCAUAAGAAUUGAUUUAUCAAAAUAUCGUACUGUAUUCCCUGCAUCACAACCAGAAAGAUUGAUUGAUUUGAAAUCUACCGUAGAUCUUCUUACAAGUAUCACAUUUUUUCGUCUCAAAGUUCAAGAGCUUAGUUCACCUCCAAGAACAGGUCAAAUAUUACGUGAAUGUAUUGAAGCUUGUAUUCAUGCAACCUAUCAGUGCCUUUGUGAAAAUGUACAUGACUUAUAUGGGAAAAGUUUACAGGCAACCAAUACAGAAUCUGGGAAUACUGAAUUUGUAUCUGAUAAUAUGAAUAGUGGAGCUGGACAAUCGUUAAUUGGGGAAUUAGAUCAAAUGGAUGGAAUGCGAUCGCCGACCUAUUGGCAUCGUCUUAUCACAUUGGUUGUUUCAGUUCUUGAAGAUGAUCGAAAACAUUAUGCGCCAGUAUUAAAUCAAUUUCCACAUGAAAUCAAUCUAGGCGAUAUGUCAGCUGAGAUGAUAUGGAAAUGUUUAUCGGAUGAUUUAGCUAAUGGAUUAGCUCAGCAUACAAUUACAGCUAAAUAUUAUUUCAAUAAUACUGAAGAGAAUAUAUUGGAUAGUUUAUCAAAAGUAAAUAAAUUGCGUGAUUCAUCUAAGUCAACUGGACAAGAUAAAGUUGUCUUAAAAAGUGGAAUGAAUAAAAUCAAAUCUUCAGAUUAUAUGAAUCUUUGUUUUCGAGUGAAAUGGUUUUAUAAUACUUAUAUAGCAACAUUGGCAAGAUUCAAAAAUUCAGUUCCUGAUUAUCCUCGUUGGUUUGAAGGUCUCGUAUUGAUUUGGCUAGCUGAGAAUGAUGAAGUGUCUGCAAAUUAUUUAAGAAAUGCUUAUGAUCGUGACAAACAAGAUGGUUUUCAAUGUUCUAGUGAACAUGUACUCUAUUCAAAUUCUGUUGUUGAUGUAUUCACUCAAUUGAAUCAAUGUUUCGAUGUUAUACGUAAACUUGAAUGUCCAGAUAAACAAGUUGAAGGACAAUUUUUUCAUAGAUUCUCACUGACUGUUGAAAAAGUUCUCCUUGCUUAUGCUGAUCGUGUGUUAGCUGAUUUCUCAACAUACAAAACGGAUCAACGUGUAGCUUGUAUAUUAGUGAAUAAUACACAACAACUUCGUGUUCAACUAGAAAAAGUUUAUGAGAAUAUGGCACGUGAAAGUCUUGAAUCCAACACUCGAGAUCGUUUAAGUGCUCUUCAAGGUCGAUUAAAUGAAGUAGUUGAUAAAUUAGCUAUCCAACUGACUGAUCAGUUCGAACCCGGGGUUCGUUCACAUGCACGUGAAUGUGGCAAACUUUUACAGAAGUGUAGACCAUCGAAUGGUUCAGAUAAUACAACUGGUCGUGGUGUCAGUAAAGAAGAUGAAGCAAAUGAAUGCUUACAACCGCUAAUGGAUCAUUUUGAAAGUAUUCUAUCUAUACUAGCAAAUGUUUGUGAUAAAACUGUAUUAAAAAGAAUAUUAAAGCAAUUAUGGCGAAUAACAAUGUGUAAUUUAGAAAAACUUGUUGUACUACCCGCAGUUACUGAUCAAAAACAGCUGGCUACGGGAUUACUUUUAAGCUCAAAUACAUCAGCGAAAUUAAUUGGUGGGGCACAAAGCCUAUUAAGUCAUGUUGGUAGUCAAGUUGUACAAGGGAAAAUUUUAUCUGAAACAACACGUGAACCAGAAAAAGGCCUUACACCAUAUCAAUGUGAAUUACUUGGUAUUUGCUUGAAUACAAUUCGUGUAUAUUUUCAUGCUGGUGGACGUGGUGUGAAACGUUCGUUUCUUGAUAGAAGUCCAGAACUACAUAGUUUACGACAAGUAUUAGCUCUAUAUUCUCAGGCUACAGAUGAAUUACUUCGAGAUUUUAUAGCUACACAAACUUCACAAGAUUAUCUGGCCAAUGAGGAACCAGUUGGCUACUUAACACUUCAAGUAGAAAUUUUCAAGCACCCUGGUACCGGUGAAUAUAAAGUAAAUGUGAAAAUUCAUACAGCUUCAGAUUUGAAUUGGUCUCUUGCCACUGGAAUGUUUAGACCAUUUGUAGAAGUUUAUAUUUUUGGACCAUUAUUGUCUGAUCGUAAACGUAAAGCUGCUACAAAAUCGAAAUCAGUUACUACAAUGCCCAUUUAUCACGAAACAUUUGUAUUUUUCUUAUCCAAUCAAAGUGAUCCUGAAUGGUAUGAAUUACAUUUAUCUGUAAAAGAUUAUUGUUUUGGACGAACUGAUCGUCUUGUUGGUGUCACAGUAUUAUCUUUAUCUAGAGCAUUAAAUCUUGGUGCAACUCCAAUUCGACUUCCAUUAGGACGACGUUUACAUUUUACAGAAACUGGAUGGACUGUAUUACGUGUACUUUCACAACGUGUUAAUACAGAUGAUGUAGCCAGAGAAUUUGUUCGUGCUAAAUCUGAAUAUCGUGCUACUACAGAGAAUGAUAAUACUGUAUCGUUAGCACAAUAGAAUGGAGAAUAACAUAUUUAUACAUAUUCCAAGAUAUCAUUAAUAUAGUGAUACAUAUUUUUUUUUUCUUUUAUGAGCAAUAAUGAUAGAUUAAAAGGACAUAAAUCAGGAACAAAACUAUUUAUUUACUAUUAACAAUAAUCCGCAGGGAAAGAGAUAGAUAGAGAGAGAGGGGGAGAGAGACAGAAAUCAUAAAUAGUACGAAGUUACCAAUACAGUAUUUUUGAUGAUUUGCUUAAUUCUUUCUCUUUAAGUGCAUUCAAACAAUUUUCAAGAGAUUUGCAUUUACAUACGUAUACCUGCAUACCUACUUACAUACCUACUUACAUACAUACAUAGAUAAAGUACGGAUAAACAGAUUGUAAUAUCUCAGCGCCUAUUUUCUAUAAUUUCACUAUUAUUUAUGUACUAAUAACC